AUGUCUUCCAGAGGGAGAGGGCAGGUCCUGCUCAGAGACCCCACAGGCCAGAGGCAGAACCCAGCAAUGCCCCUGCUCUUGGCCAGCCUUGCCCAGGCCUUCCUGGCCUCCAGGGCCUCUGCUGAGGCCUACUGGGAGUGGAGGUGCUGGCAGGGGCUGUCUCCACACUGCAACAGCCCCGGGGGAGAGCCUUCUGGCAGAGGGAAGGGGGGAGAAAGGGGGCUCAAGACGUAUGCCAACUUUCCAGAAGCACCUCAGGAGGAGGCUUCUCUCAGCAAUAGGUUCAAGACGUAUGCCAACUUUCCAGAAGCACCUCAGGAGGAGGCUUCUCUCAGCAAUAGGUUCAAGGCGUAUGCCAACUUUCCAGAAGCAUCUCAGGAGGAGGCUUCUCUCAGCAAUAGGCUCAAGGCGUAUGCCAACUUUCCAGAAGCAUCUCAGGAGGAGGCAUCUCUCAGCAAUAGGCUCAAGACGUAUGCCAACUUUCCAGAAGCACCUCAGGAGGAGGCUUCUCUCAGCAAUAGGCUCAAGACGUAUUCCAACUUUCCAGAAGCACCUCAGGAGGAGGCUUCUCUCAGCAAUAGGCUCAAGACGUAUGCCAACUUUCCAGAAGCACCUCAGGAGGAGGCUUCUCUCAGCAAUAGGCUCAAGACGUAUGCCAACUUUCCAGAAGCACCUCAGGAGGAGGCUUCUCUCAGCAAUAGGCUCAAGACGUAUUCCAACUUUCCAGAAGCACCUCAGGAGGAGGCUUCUCUCAGCAAUAGGCUCAAGACGUAUGCCAACUUUCCAGAAGCACCUCAGGAGGAGGCUUCUCUCAACAAUAGGCUCAAGACGUAUUCCAACUUUCCAGAAGCACCUCAGGAGGAGGCUUCUCUCAGCAAUAGGCUCAAGACGUAUGCCAACUUUCCAGAAGCACCUCAGGAGGAGGCUUCUCUCAGCAAUAGGCUCAAGACGUAUGCCAACUUUCCAGAAGCACCUCAGGAGGAGGCUUCUCUCAGCAAUAGGCUCAAGACGUAUGCCAACUUUCCAGAAGCACCUCAGGAGGAGGCUUCUCUCAGCAAUAGGCUCAAGACGUAUGCCAACUUUCCAGAAGCACCUCAGGAGGAGGCUUCUCUCAGCAAUAGGCUCAAGACGUAUGCCAACUUUCCUGAAGCACCUCAGGAGGAGGCUUCUCUCAGCAAUAGGCUCAAGACGUAUGCCAACUUUCCAGAAGCAUCUCAGGAGGAGGCUUCUCUCAGCAAUAGGCUCAAGACGUAUGCCAACUUUCCAGAAGCAUCUCAGGAGGAGGCUUCUCUCAGCAAUAGGCUCAAGACGUAUGCCAACUUCCCAGAAGCACCUCAGGAGGAGGCUUCUCUCAGCAAUAGGCUCAAGACGUAUGCCAACUUCCCAGAAGCACCUCAAGAGGAGGCUUCUCUCAGCAACAGGCUCAAGACGUAUGCCAACUUCCCAGAAGCACCUCAGGAGGAGGCUUCUCUCAGCAACAGGCUCAAGACGUAUGCCAACUGCCCAGAAGCACCUCAGGAGGAGGCUUCUCUCAGCAACAGGCUCAAGACGUAUGCCAACUUCCCAGAAGCACCUCAGGAGGAGGCUUCUCUCAGCAAUAGGCUCAAGACGUAUGCCAACUUCCCAGAAGCACCUCAGGAGGAGGAUUCUCUCAGCAACAGGCUCAAGACGUAUGCCAACUUCCCAGAAGCACCUCAGGAGGAGGCUUCUCUCAGCAAUAGGCUCAAGACGUAUGCCAACUUCCCAGAAGCACCUCAGGAGGAGGCUUCUCUCAGCAACAGGCUCAAGACGUAUGCCAACUUCCCAGAAGCACCUCAGGAGGAGGCUUCUCUCAGCAAUAGGCUCAAGACGUAUGCCAACUUCCCAGAAGCACCUCAGGAGGAGGCUUCUCUCAGCAAUAGGCUCAAGACGUAUGCCAACUUCCCAGAAGCACCUCAGGAGGAGGCUUCUCUCAGCAAUAGGCUCAAGACGUAUGCCAACUUCCCAGAAGCACCUCAGGAGGAGGCUUCUCUCAGCAAUAGGCUCAAGACGUAUGCCAACUUCCCAGAAGCACCUCAGGAGGAGGCUUCUCUCAGCAACAGGCUCAAGACGUAUGCCAACUUCCCAGAAGCACCUCAGGAGGAGGCUUCUCUCAGCAAUAGGCUCAAGACGUAUGCCAACUUCCCAGAAGCACCUCAGGAGGAGGCUUCUCUCAGCAACAGGCUCAAGACGUAUGCCAACUUCCCAGAAGCACCUCAGGAGGAGGCUUCUCUCAGCAAUAGGCUCAAGACGUAUGCCAACUUCCCAGAAGCACCUCAGGAGGAGGCUUCUCUCAGCAACAGGCUCAAGACGUAUGCCAACUUCCCAGAAGCACCUCAGGAGGAGGCUUCUCUCAGCAAUAGGCUCAAGACGUAUGCCAACUUCCCAGAAGCACCUCAGGAGGAGGCUUCUCUCAGCAAUAGGCUCAAGACGUAUGCCAACUUCCCAGAAGCACCUCAGGAGGAGGCUUCUCUCAGCAAUAGGCUCAAGACGUAUGCCAACUUCCCAGAAGCACCUCAGGAGGAGGCUUCUCUCAGCAAUAGGCUCAAGACGUAUGCCAACUUCCCAGAAGUACCUCAGGAGGAGGCUUCUCUCAGCAAUAGGCUCAAGACGUAUGCCAACUUCCCAGAAGCACCUCAGGAGGAGGCUUCUCUCAGCAAUAGGCUCAAGACGUAUGCCAACUUCCCAGAAGCACCUCAGGAGGAGGCUUCUCUCAGCAAUAGGCUCAAGACGUAUGCCAACUUCCCAGAAGCACCUCAGGAGGAGGCUUCUCUCAGCAAUAGGCUCAAGACGUAUGCCAACUUCCCAGAAGCACCUCAGGAGGAGGCUUCUCUCAGCAAUAGGCUCAAGACGUAUGCCAACUUCCCAGAAGUACCUCAGGAGGAGGCUUCUCUCAGCAAUAGGCUCAAGACGUAUGCCAACUUCCCAGAAGCACCUCAGGAGGAGGCUUCUCUCAGCAAUAGGCUCAAGACGUAUGCCAACUUCCCAGAAGCACCUCAGGAGGAGGCUUCUCUCAGCAAUAGGCUCAAGACGUAUGCCAACUUCCCAGAAGCACCUCAGGAGGAGGCUUCUCUCAGCAAUAGGCUCAAGACGUAUGCCAACUUCCCAGAAGUACCUCAGGAGGAGGCUUCUCUCAGCAAUAGGCUCAAGACGUAUGCCAACUUCCCAGAAGCACCUCAGGAGGAGGCUUCUCUCAGCAAUAGGCUCAAGACGUAUGCCAACUUCCCAGAAGCACCUCAGGAGGAGGCUUCUCUCAGCAAUAGGCUCAAGACGUAUGCCAACUUCCCAGAAGCACCUCAGGAGGAGGCUUCUCUCAGCAAUAGGCUCAAGACGUAUGCCAACUUCCCAGAAGCACCUCAGGAGGAGGCUUCUCUCAGCAACAGGCUCAAGACGUAUGCCAACUUCCCAGAAGCACCUCAGGAGGAGGCUUCUCUCAGCAAUAGGCUCAAGACGUAUGCCAACUUCCCAGAAGCACCUCAGGAGGAGGCUUCUCUCAGCAAUAGGCUCAAGACGUAUGCCAACUUCCCAGAAGCACCUCAGGAGGAGGCUUCUCUCAGCAAUAGGCUCAAGACGUAUGCCAACUUCCCAGAAGCACCUCAGGAGGAGGCUUCUCUCAGCAAUAGGCUCAAGACGUAUGCCAACUUCCCAGAAGCACCUCAGGAGGAGGCUUCUCUCAGCAAUAGGCUCAAGACGUAUGCCAACUUCCCAGAAGCACCUCAGGAGGAGGCUUCUCUCAGCAAUAGGCUCAAGACGUAUGCCAACUUCCCAGAAGCACCUCAGGAGGAGGCUUCUCUCAGCAAUAGGCUCAAGACGUAUGCCAACUUCCCAGAAGCACCUCAGGAGGAGGCUUCUCUCAGCAAUACGCUCAAGACGUAUGCCAACUUCCCAGAAGCACCUCAGGAGGAGGCUUCUCUCAGCAAUAGGCUCAAGACGUAUGCCAACUUCCCAGAAGCACCUCAGGAGGAGGCUUCUCUCAGCAAUAGGCUCAAGACGUAUGCCAACUUCCCAGAAGCACCUCAGGAGGAGGCUUCUCUCAGCAAUAGGCUCAAGACGUAUGCCAACUUCCCAGAAGCACCUCAGGAGGAGGCUUCUCUCAGCAAUAGGCUCAAGACGUAUGCCAACUUCCCAGAAGCACCUCAGGAGGAGGCUUCUCUCAGCAAUAGGCUCAAGACGUAUGCCAACUACCCAGAAGCACCUCAGGAGGAGGCUUCUCUCAGCAAUAGGCUCAAGACGUAUGCCAACUUCCCAGAAGCACCUCAGGAGGAGGCUUCUCUCAGCAAUAGGCUCAAGACGUAUGCCAACUUCCCAGAAGCACCUCAGGAGGAGGCUUCUCUCAGCAAUAGGCUCAAGACGUAUGCCAACUUCCCAGAAGCACCUCAGGAGGAGGCUUCUCUCAGCAAUAGGCUCAAGACGUAUGCCAACUUCCCAGAAGCACCUCAGGAGGAGGCUUCUCUCAGCAAUAGGCUCAAGACGUAUGCCAACUUCCCAGAAGCACCUCAGGAGGAGGCUUCUCUCAGCAAUAGGCUCAAGACGUAUGCCAACUUCCCAGAAGCACCUCAGGAGGAGGCUUCUCUCAGCAAUAGGCUCAAGACGUAUGCCAACUUCCCAGAAGCACCUCAGGAGGAGGCUUCUCUCAGCAAUAGGCUCAAGACGUAUGCCAACUUCCCAGAAGCACCUCAGGAGGAGGCUUCUCUCAGCAAUAGGCUCAAGACGUAUGCCAACUUCCCAGAAGCACCUCAGGAGGAGGCUUCUAUCAGCAAUAGGCUCAAGACGUAUGCCAACUUCCCAGAAGCACCUCAGGAGGAGGCUUCUCUCAGCAAUAGGCUCAAGACGUAUGCCAACUUCCCAGAAGCACCUCAGGAGGAGGCUUCUCUCAGCAAUAGGCUCAAGACGUAUGCCAACUACCCAGAAGCACCUCAGGAGGAGGCUUCUCUCAGCAAUAGGCUCAAGACGUAUGCCAACUUCCCAGAAGCACCUCAGGAGGAGGCUUCUCUCAGCAAUAGGCUCAAGACGUAUGCCAACUUCCCAGAAGCACCUCAGGAGGAGGCUUCUCUCAGCAAUAGGCUCAAGACGUAUGCCAACUUCCCAGAAGCACCUCAGGAGGAGGCUUCUCUCAGCAAUAGGCUCAAGACGUAUGCCAACUUCCCAGAAGCACCUCAGGAGGAGGCUUCUCUCAGCAAUAGGCUCAAGACGUAUGCCAACUUCCCAGAAGCACCUCAGGAGGAGGCUUCUCUCAGCAAUAGGCUCAAGACGUAUGCCAACUUCCCAGAAGCACCUCAGGAGGAGGCUUCUCUCAGCAAUAGGCUCAAGACGUAUGCCAACUUCCCAGAAGCACCUCAGGAGGAGGCUUCUCUCAGCAAUAGGCUCAAGACGUAUGCCAACUUCCCAGAAGCACCUCAGGAGGAGGCUUCUCUCAGCAAUAGGCUCAAGACGUAUGCCAACUUCCCAGAAGCACCUCAGGAGGAGGCUUCUCUCAGCAAUAGGCUCAAGACGUAUGCCAACUUCCCAGAAGCACCUCAGGAAGAGGCUUCUCUCAGCAACAGGCUCAAGACGUAUGCCAACUUCCCAGAAGCACCUCAGGAGGAGGCUUCUCUCAGCAAUAGGCUCAAGACGUAUGCCAACUUCCCAGAAGCACCUCAGGAGGAGGCUUCUCUCAGCAACAGGCUCAAGACGUAUGCCAACUUCCCAGAAGUACCUCAGGAGGAGGCUUCUCUCAGCAAUAGGCUCAAGACGUAUGCCAACUUCCCAGAAGCACCUCAGGAGGAGGCUUCUCUCAGCAAUAGGCUCAAGACGUAUGCCAACUUCCCAGAAGCACCUCAGGAGGAGGCUUCUCUCAGCAAUAGGCUCAAGACGUAUGCCAACUUCCCAGAAGCACCUCAGGAGGAGGCUUCUCUCAGCAAUAGGCUCAAGACGUAUGCCAACUUCCCAGAAGCACCUCAGGAGGAGGCUUCUCUCAGCAAUAGGCUCAAGACGUAUGCCAACUUCCCAGAAGCACCUCAGGAGGAGGCUUCUCUCAGCAACAGGCUCAAGACGUAUGCCAACUUCCCAGAAGUACCUCAGGAGGAGGCUUCUCUCAGCAAUAGGCUCAAGACGUAUGCCAACUUCCCAGAAGCACCUCAGGAGGAGGCUUCUCUCAGCAAUAGGCUCAAGACGUAUGCCAACUUCCCAGAAGCACCUCAGGAGGAGGCUUCUCUCAGCAAUAGGCUCAAGACGUAUGCCAACUUCCCAGAAGCACCUCAGGAGGAGGCUUCUCUCAGCAAUAGGCUCAAGACGUAUGCCAACUUCCCAGAAGCACCUCAGGAGGAGGCUUCUCUCAGCAACAGGCUCAAGACGUAUGCCAACUUCCCAGAAGUACCUCAGGAGGAGGCUUCUCUCAGCAAUAGGCUCAAGACGUAUGCCAACUUCCCAGAAGCACCUCAGGAGGAGGCUUCUCUCAGCAAUAGGCUCAAGACGUAUGCCAACUUCCCAGAAGCACCUCAGGAGGAGGCUUCUCUCAGCAAUAGGCUCAAGACGUAUGCCAACUUCCCAGAAGCACCUCAGGAGGAGGCUUCUCUCAGCAAUAGGCUCAAGACGUAUGCCAACUUCCCAGAAGCACCUCAGGAGGAGGCUUCUCUCAGCAAUAGGCUCAAGACGUAUGCCAACUUCCCAGAAGCACCUCAGGAGGAGGCUUCUCUCAGCAAUAGGCUCAAGACGUAUGCCAACUUCCCAGAAGCACCUCAGGAGGAGGCUUCUCUCAGCAAUAGGCUCAAGACGUAUGCCAACUUCCCAGAAGCACCUCAGGAGGAGGCUUCUCUCAGCAAUAGGCUCAAGACAUAUGCCAACUUCCCAGAAGCACCUCAGGAGGAGGCUUCUCUCAGCAACAGGCUCAAGACGUAUGCCAACUUCCCAGAAGCACCUCAGGAGGAGGCUUCUCUCAGCAAUAGGCUCAAGACGUAUGCCAACUUCCCAGAAGCACCUCAGGAGGAGGCUUCUCUCAGCAAUAGGCUCAAGACGUAUGCCAACUUCCCAGAAGCACCUCAGGAGGAGGCUUCUCUCAGCAAUAGGCUCAAGACGUAUGCCAACUUCCCAGAAGCACCUCAGGAGGAGGCUUCUCUCAGCAAUAGGCUCAAGACGUAUGCCAACUUCCCAGAAGCACCUCAGGAGGAGGCUUCUCUCAGCAAUAGGCUCAAGACGUAUGCCAACUUCCCAGAAGCACCUCAGGAGGAGGCUUCUCUCAGCAAUAGGCUCAAGACGUAUGCCAACUUCCCAGAAGCACCUCAGGAGGAGGCUUCUCUCAGCAAUAGGCUCAAGACGUAUGCCAACUUCCCAGAAGCACCUCAGGAGGAGGCUUCUCUCAGCAAUAGGCUCAAGACGUAUGCCAACUUCCCAGAAGUACCUCAGGAGGAGGCUUCUCUCAGCAAUAGGCUCAAGACGUAUGCCAACUUCCCAGAAGCACCUCAGGAGGAGGCUUCUCUCAGCAAUAGGCUCAAGACGUAUGCCAACUUCCCAGAAGCACCUCAGGAGGAGGCUUCUCUCAGCAAUAGGCUCAAGACGUAUGCCAACUUCCCAGAAGCACCUCAGGAGGAGGCUUCUCUCAGCAAUAGGCUCAAGACGUAUGCCAACUUCCCAGAAGCACCUCAGGAGGAGGCUUCUCUCAGCAAUAGGCUCAAGACGUAUGCCAACUUCCCAGAAGCACCUCAGGAGGAGGCUUCUCUCAGCAAUAGGCUCAAGACGUAUGCCAACUUCCCAGAAGCACCUCAGGAGGAGGCUUCUCUCAGCAACAGGCUCAAGACGUAUGCCAACUUCCCAGAAGCACCUCAGGAGGAGGCUUCUCUCAGCAAUAGGCUCAAGACGUAUGCCAACUUCCCAGAAGCACCUCAGGAGGAGGCUUCUCUCAGCAAUAGGCUCAAGACGUAUGCCAACUUCCCAGAAGCACCUCAGGAGGAGGCUUCUCUCAGCAAUAGGCUCAAGACGUAUGCCAACUUCCCAGAAGCACCUCAGGAGGAGGCUUCUCUCAGCAAUAGGCUCAAGACGUAUGCCAACUUCCCAGAAGCACCUCAGGAGGAGGCUUCUCUCAGCAAUAGGCUCAAGACGUAUGCCAACUUCCCAGAAGCACCUCAGGAGGAGGCUUCUCUCAGCAACAGGCUCAAGACGUAUGCCAACUUCCCAGAAGUACCUCAGGAGGAGGCUUCUCUCAGCAAUAGGCUCAAGACGUAUGCCAACUUCCCAGAAGCACCUCAGGAGGAGGCUUCUCUCAGCAAUAGGCUCAAGACAUAUGCCAACUUCCCAGAAGCACCUCAGGAGGAGGCUUCUCUCAGCAAUAGGGUCAAGACGUAUGCCAACUUCCCAGAAGCACCUCAGGAGGAGGCUUCUCUCAGCAAUAGGCUCAAGACGUAUGCCAACUUCCCAGAAGCACCUCAGGAGGAGGCUACUCUCAGCAAUAGGCUCAAGACGUAUGCCAACUUCCCAGAAGCACCUCAGGAGGAGGCUUCUCUCAGCAAUAGGCUCAAGAUGUAUGCCAACUUCCCAGAAGCACCUCAGGAGGAGGCUUCUCUCAGCAAUAGGCUCAAGACGUAUGCCAACUUCCCAGAAGCACCUCAGGAGGAGGCUUCUCUCAGCAAUAGGCUCAAGACGUAUGCCAACUUCCCAGAAGCACCUCAGGAGGAGGCUUCUCUCAGCAAUAGGCUCAAGAUGUAUGCCAACUUCCCAGAAGCACCUCAGGAGGAGGCUUCUCUCAGCAAUAGGCUCAAGACGUAUGCCAACUUCCCAGAAGCACCUCAGGAGGAGGCUUCUCUCAGCAAUAGGCUCAAGACGUAUGCCAACUUCCCAGAAGCACCUCAGGAGGAGGCUUCUCUCAGCAAUAGGCUCAAGACGUAUGCCAACUUCCCAGAAGCACCUCAGGAGGAGGCUUCUCUCAGCAAUAGGCUCAAGACGUAUGCCAACUUCCCAGAAGCACCUCAGGAGGAGGCUUCUCUCAGCAAUAGGCUCAAGACGUAUGCCAACUUCCCAGAAGCACCUCAGGAGGAGGCUUCUCUCAGCAAUAGGCUCAAGACGUAUGCCAACUUCCCAGAAGCACCUCAGGAGGAGGCUUCUCUCAGCAAUAGGCUCAAGACGUAUGCCAACUUCCCGGAAGCACCUCAGGAGGAGGCUUCUCUCAGCAACAGGCUCAAGACGUAUGCCAACUUCCCAGAAGCACCUCAGGAGGAGGCUUCUCUCAGCAAUAGGCUGAAGACGUAUGCCAACUUCCCAGAAGCACCUCAGGAGGAGGCUUCUCUCAGCAAUAGGCUCAAGACGUAUGCCAACUUCCCAGAAGCACCUCAGGAGGAGGCUUCUCUCAGCAAUAGGCUCAAGACGUAUGCCAACUUCCCAGAAGCACCUCAGGAGGAGGCUUCUCUCAGCAACAGGCUCAAGACGUAUGCCAACUUCCCAGAAGCACCUCAGGAGGAGGCUUCUCUCAGCAAUAGGCUCAAGACGUAUGCCAACUUCCCAGAAGCACCUCAGGAGGAGGCUUCUCUCAGCAAUAGGCUCAAGACGUAUGCCAACUUCCCAGAAGCACCUCAGGAGGAGGCUUCUCUCAGCAACAGGCUCAAGACGUAUGCCAACUUCCCAGAAGCACCUCAGGAGGAGGCUUCUCUCAGCAAUAGGCUCAAGACGUAUGCCAACUUCCCAGAAGCACCUCAGGAGGAGGCUUCUCUCAGCAAUAGGCUCAAGACGUAUGCCAACUUCCCAGAAGCACCUCAGGAGGAGGCUUCUCUCAGCAAUAGGCUCAAGACGUAUGCCAACUUCCCAGAAGCACCUCAGGAGGAGGCUUCUCUCAGCAACAGGCUCAAGACGUAUGCCAACUUCCCAGAAGCACCUCAGGAGGAGGCUUCUCUCAGCAACAGGCUCAAGACGUAUGCCAACUUCCCAGAAGCACCUCAGGAGGAGGCUUCUCUCAGCAAUAGGCUCAAGACGUAUGCCAACUUCCCAGAAGCACCUCAGGAGGAGGCUUCUCUCAGCAACAGGCUCAAGACGUAUGCCAACUUCCCAGAAGCACCUCAGGAGGAGGCUUCUCUCAGCAACAGGCUCAAGACGUAUGCCAACUUCCCAGAAGCACCUCAGGAGGAGGCUUCUCUCAGCAAUAGGCUCAAGACGUAUGCCAACUUCCCAGAAGCACCUCAGGAGGAGGCUUCUCUCAGCAAUAGGCUCAAGACGUAUGCCAACUUCCCAGAAGCACCUCAGGAGGAGGCUUCUCUCAGCAAUAGGCUCAAGACGUAUGCCAACUUCCCAGAAGCACCUCAGGAGGAGGCUUCUCUCAGCAAUAGGCUCAAGACGUAUGCCAACUUCCCAGAAGCACCUCAGGAGGAGGCUUCUCUCAGCAAUAGGCUCAAGACGUAUGCCAACUUCCCAGAAGCACCUCAGGAGGAGGCUUCUCUCAGCAAUAGGCUCAAGACGUAUGCCAACUUCCCAGAAGCACCUCAGGAGGAGGCUUCUCUCAGCAAUAGGCUCAAGACGUAUGCCAACUUCCCAGAAGCACCUCAGGAGGAGGCUUCUCUCAGCAAUAGGCUCAAGACGUAUGCCAACUUCCCAGAAGCACCUCAGGAGGAGGCUUCUCUCAGCAAUAGGCUCAAGACGUAUGCCAACUUCCCAGAAGCACCUCAGGAGGAGGCUUCUCUCAGCAAUAGGCUCAAGACGUAUGCCAACUUCCCAGAAGCACCUCAGGAGGAGGCUUCUCUCAGCAAUAGGCUCAAGACGUAUGCCAACUUCCCAGAAGCACCUCAGGAGGAGGCUUCUCUCAGCAAUAGGCUCAAGACGUAUGCCAACUUCCCAGAAGCACCUCAGGAGGAGGCUUCUCUCAGCAAUAGGCUCAAGACGUAUGCCAACUUCCCAGAAGCACCUCAGGAGGAGGCUUCUCUCAGCAACAGGCUCAAGACGUAUGCCAACUUCCCAGAAGCACCUCAGGAGGAGGCUUCUCUCAGCAAUAGGCUCAAGACGUAUGCCAACUUCCCAGAAGCACCUCAGGAGGAGGCUUCUCUCAGCAAUAGGCUCAAGACGUAUGCCAACUUCCCAGAAGCACCUCAGGAGGAGGCUUCUCUCAGCAAUAGGCUCAAGACGUAUGCCAACUUCCCAGAAGCACCUCAGGAGGAGGCUUCUCUCAGCAAUAGGCUCAAGACGUAUGCCAACUUCCCAGAAGCACCUCAGGAGGAGGCUUCUCUCAGCAAUAGGCUCAAGACGUAUGCCAACUUCCCAGAAGCACCUCAGGAGGAGGCUUCUCUCAGCAAUAGGCUCAAGACGUAUGCCAACUUCCCAGAAGCACCUCAGGAGGAGGCUUCUCUCAGCAAUAGGCUCAAGACGUAUGCCAACUUCCCAGAAGCACCUCAGGAGGAGGCUUCUCUCAGCAACAGGCUCAAGACGUAUGCCAACUUCCCAGAAGCACCUCAGGAGGAGGCUUCUCUCAGCAAUAGGCUCAAGACGUAUGCCAACUUCCCAGAAGCACCUCAGGAGGAGGCUUCUCUCAGCAAUAGGCUCAAGACGUAUGCCAACUUCCCAGAAGCACCUCAGGAGGAGGCUUCUCUCAGCAAUAGGCUCAAGACGUAUGCCAACUUCCCAGAAGCACCUCAGGAGGAGGCUUCUCUCAGCAAUAGGCUCAAGACGUAUGCCAACUUCCCAGAAGCACCUCAGGAGGAGGCUUCUCUCAGCAAUAGGCUCAAGACGUAUGCCAACUUCCCAGAAGCACCUCAGGAGGAGGCUUCUCUCAGCAAUAGGCUCAAGACGUAUGCCAACUUCCCAGAAGCACCUCAGGAGGAGGCUUCUCUCAGCAAUAGGCUCAAGACGUAUGCCAACUUCCCAGAAGCACCUCAGGAGGAGGCUUCUCUCAGCAAUAGGCUCAAGACGUAUGCCAACUUCCCAGAAGCACCUCAGGAGGAGGCUUCUCUCAGCAAUAGGCUCAAGACGUAUGCCAACUUCCCAGAAGCACCUCAGGAGGAGGCUUCUCUCAGCAACAGGCUCAAGACGUAUGCCAACUUCCCAGAAGCACCUCAGCAGGAGGCUUCUCUCAGCAAUAGGCUCAAGACGUAUGCCAACUUCCCAGAAGCACCUCAGGAGGAGGCUUCUCUCAGCAAUAGGCUCAAGACGUAUGCCAACUUCCCAGAAGCACCUCAGGAGGAGGCUUCUCUCAGCAAUAGGCUCAAGACGUAUGCCAACUUCCCAGAAGCACCUCAGGAGGAGGCUUCUCUCAGCAAUAGGCUCAAGACGUAUGCCAACUUCCCAGAAGCACCUCAGGAGGAGGCUUCUCUCAGCAAUAGGCUCAAGACGUAUGCCAACUUCCCAGAAGCACCUCAGGAGGAGGCUUCUCUCAGCAACAGGCUCAAGACGUAUGCCAACUUCCCAGAAGCACCUCAGGAGGAGGCUUCUCUCAGCAAUAGGCUCAAGACGUAUGCCAACUUCCCAGAAGCACCUCAGGAGGAGGCUUCUCUCAGCAAUAGGCUCAAGACGUAUGCCAACUUCCCAGAAGCACCUCAGGAGGAGGCUUCUCUCAGCAACAGGCUCAAGACGUAUGCCAACUUCCCAGAAGCACCUCAGGAGGAGGCUUCUCUCAGCAAUAGGCUCAAGACGUAUGCCAACUUCCCAGAAGCACUUCAGGAGGAGGCUUCUCUCAGCAACAGGCUCAAGACGUAUGCCAACUUCCCAGAAGCACCUCAGGAGGAGGCUUCUCUCAGCAAUAGGCUCAAGACGUAUGCCAACUUCCCAGAAGCACCUCAGGAGGAGGCUUCUCUCAGCAAUAGGCUCAAGACGUAUGCCAACUUCCCAGAAGCACUUCAGGAGGAGGCUUCUCUCAGCAACAGGCUCAAGACGUAUGCCAACUUCCCAGAAGCACCUCAGCAGGAGGCUUCUCUCAGCAAUAGGCUCAAGACGUAUGCCAACUUCCCAGAAGCACCUCAGGAGGAGGCUUCUCUCAGCAAUAGGCUCAAGACGUAUGCCAACUUCCCAGAAGCACCUCAGGAGGAGGCUUCUCUCAGCAAUAGGCUCAAGACGUAUGCCAACUUCCCAGAAGCACCUCAGGAGGAGGCUUCUCUCAGCAAUAGGCUCAAGACGUAUGCCAACUUCCCAGAAGCACCUCAGGAGGAGGCUUCUCUCAGCAAUAGGAAUCCCAAUAUCCCUGUGGCUACUGGAAAGGGUCCUUGGGUGCCCUGCCUCACCUCGAGAAGCGUCCCUUUUGCCCUGCCAAGCCUCGAAGAGAUUCCUGAGGUGUCCCUCGUUACUAGACAGGAGUCCUGA